CAAGGACGACAAAGAAGAAACGAAUCCGAAACCUCUCCAAGAAUCCAUCGCAGCCGCCAUCAUGUCCGCCGCCGGUGGCCGAACCCUUGGCCGGAGCAGCUUCUCCCGCGCCACAUCUAAACUGGUGGCGUCCUCAUCCGGCUCUGCUGGCGUUAAGAUUGGCCCGAACGGUGCUUCUUUCGUCUCCUCGGGCAUUCCCGACCUCGACAGGAUUUUGGGUGGUGGAUUCCUUCUUGGCUCAGUUGACAAUGCUGAGAGUCCCCCAUUUUGUUGAUGUUGAAUGAUCACGUGUGGUCGUGUGCUCGACAUUUAUUUGAACGCUAGCUUACAUGGUUGACGCAGCAUAUAACAAAUACAGCACCAGUUCAUAUAUGCUGGACACACCCGGCCGUGUUCGUCGCUGUCAAAACUAUAUGAUAAAAGAGUGACUGUCUAUAAUAAUAAUGGUCCCGUUAUAGGUGUUUUAUCAUCAUCGUAGUUCCACGCAUCGUCAGGCCCGGGCGCCGCAGGACUAGGACCGUCCGCCUCCAUCUCUUCUGCCGGGGCGUCGUCGAAGAAGGUGACGCACGUCGUCGGCGAAGAAGAAGAGGCCACACGCACCGGUAGGUUCACGUCCUCCUGCCGCAGGGUGCGAGUGGCAUGCGCGGACAGCAUGGACGCCACGGCCACGGCGAUGGCGAUCAGGAGGACAACACUGAAGGUGGUUCGCUUGGGCGCCAUUGUUUCUCCAAAACAGUUUUGAGCAUAGGAAUUGUGUUGGGGCUUCAGUCAUGGGCGGUCUAGCUUUAUAUGAGAAAGUGUAGUUAAUUCCAGCUCCGUAUCUGUAACGGACGGAGCUAUAGUUAUUAAUGGUGUUUAUUUCUAGCGGCAUGCAUGAGUUAUUAUUCAACCUUCUAUGUCUCAUAAAUUAAAUCCAUGAGUUGAUGAAGCUACGUGCAUUGGUACGGUGUAACUUAUUUUUCUUCAUUACAUGUGUAUGUUUAUUAUUAUUACUUUUUUUUUGUUUACAAGAGUCACGGCGUCAACUAGUGGACUGGUUUGAUGACAAAAGAAUUAGAGAGAGAUCCAUGGAGAAUGAAACUCUUGACUCAAUCCGUUCAGCUCCCCCUAGCUCUUGGCUCGAACGCAAAACUAGGUGAUCCAUAUAUGUUUUCCAUUAGCUCGAUGAUAGGUGGUGCAAUCUGAUCUUGCAUUUGACAAAAGUUGGAAAAUCUAUAACCUGGAUGGUUUUGGGAACUAGCUAGACCAGCUUCCUAAGAAGUUAUUUUAUUCGUCUGGAUUUCGAAUGAGAUGAUGAUGAUGCUUAUAUAUUCUCUGACCGUCUCGGCUAUACAAACAUGAUGACAUUAUAGUGUCUAGUACAUACUUUGACCAACAACUUUAUCGUCCUGGCGCGCGGCUAAUACUGCUUCGUUGUCAUCCUAAACGUCAGCGACUGUUUUCUUGUGGUUGUUCAUAUAUGAGACUGUAUAGCGAACCACGUAAUAUUCAUCGAGGCCUACAAUUUCAAACAACUUGUAUGUUGACUAUUGAGAAAAAUGCCACCAAUGCCUGCCCCUAACAUAUAGGUCUACUAUUUUUCUUACUGAAUUUGUUAUAUUCAUCAGUUUUGUUGAUAUGAUUAAUAUGAUUGGCAUCUUGUAUAUUGAUGUUCUUACGAGUAAUAGAUCACACAUACGUUUUUAUGGUAUCACGAACCUUCCAUUAUUAUAUAUCUAAAUUUACCUAAGAUCAGAGUAGUGAUUCUAUGUUACCAUGCUCGGCUCAGUGCUCUAUUUCUCUACUCAUUCUAAAAAUAUAUCAAAUAUUUAUAUAUAGUGAUUGGAUUUAGGUGAGUUUGGUGUUAGCACUUUGUAACCUGUGCAGUCACAUAUGCUCAUCGUAUAAGGGCUAUUUUGUUAAGUUGUGGCUGUGAAAAAAAGGGGUUAUAGGCUAUACGCUAUAAACAGUUGUUGUAGGUGUAAGUUAUGAGAAUGCUAAAACUUGUUUGAUUCAAACAAGUGUUAAUCUUUGUCUUUGAAUCUUUUAAAACAAAUGUGGAAUAGUUCUUUGUUUCACUCAUUCCAAAAAUUAGAAAACUAAAAAUAUGUUUCAAAAAAAUACUUAAAGGGACUACUAAAAGAGUAACUUCUAAAAACAGCUUCUGGUCGUCGAGCUUCUAGCAUUUAGAAGGACAAAUAGCCCUAAAGGCCCAACUAAACAGGACCUAAAUGGAUUUGGCCCAAAACUAACUUGCAAAACUGGCCGUAUCAGGCCCUACGCGUCUACCGCAAGUAGGGCCAAGGACGACAAAGAAGAAACGAAACCGAAACCUCUCCAGGAAUCCAUCGCAGCCGCCGUCAUGGCCGCCGCCGGUGGCCGAACCCUUGGCCGGAGCAGCUUCUCCCGCGCCACAUCUAACCUGGUGGCGUCCUCAUCCGGCGCUUCUGGCGUUAAGAUUGGCCCGAACGGUGCUUCUUUCGUCUCCUCGGGCAUUCCCGACCUCGACAGGAUUUUGGGUGGUGGAUUCCUUCUUGGCUCAGUUGUAAUGAUCAUGGAGGACACUGAUGCGCCACACCACCUCUUGCUUCUUCGGUGCUUCAUGUCUCAGGGUGUUGUGCACAAACAACCCCUGCUCUUUUCAGGAGCUAUGAAAGAGCCUGUGUUGUUCCUUGGUACACUACCUGCUCCAGUUUCAUCUUCAAAGGAGGAUGGACGACACAGAGCAAUGGGUCCUGCAGCAAGUAGUGAUGGACGAGCAAAUGAUGAGGGUUUGAGGAUAGCUUGGCAGUACAAGAAAUACUUUGGGGAUGACAAGACUUCGCGAGCUGAACAUAAAGACAAUAAACAGGAAUUCAGCAAUGAUUUUGAUUUGAGGAAGCCCUUGGAAAGGCAUUUACUUAAUGGACAGAAUAUUGAAUGUGUAAGCACUCAAGAUGCUGACACACUCAGCAGCCUCCAGGAUUGUUGUUCUGCUUUCGUAUCCAAGCUUCCAAGAAAAGAUGGUGGGAGUUCAACUGCUGGGAGAAUUGCUAUACAAUCACUCUGUGCACCGCAGUGCAGAUACUUUGAAAAGGACUGGGACAUGGUCUCAUUUAUCAGAUCACUGAAGGCCAUGGUGCGCUCAUCUAACUCUGUUGCUGUUGUAACAUUUCCGAGUACAGUUCUGUCAAAUUCGUUCUGUAAGAGAUGGCAGCACCUGGCGGAUACACUGCUGUCCAUCAAAGCAAUUCCAGAUGAGGACAAAGACUUGGCAAAACUCCUCACAGGAUAUCAAGAUAUGGUUGGUUUUUUGCAUGUCCACAAGGUGGCACAACCUAACAGUCAGGUCCCUGUGAUCUUAGAGGCAUCCACGCUCUCUCUAAAGCUGCGAAAGAGGAGGUCCCUGGUCUUAGAACGGUUGAAUCAGGCUCCAGUCGAUGGGUCAAGUGGGCCUUCGUCUGCUGCAUCAAGCAGUUGCUCAUCGCAAGGUUCACAGCUUGAUUUCUAAUUGGUAUGGCUGGAUUUCCUUGAGAGGAGCUCAGAAGUGCUGUGUACUAGUUACUCGUGGCAGAAUGCAGCUUUUGGAGGUUUAGGUUUUAGAUAGGAGUCAGUUUGAUGGUUCACUGUUAACCAUCCUCCCUCAUGUAACCCCACUUUCAACAGUAUUAGAACCGUCGAAACUUGUAUAUUUUUCGGGUAGUUGUCCAAGUUUGUUGAACUGCCUUGAACAGGUUACAAAAGUGUGGGGUUUUCUUGUUUUGUCUGUUCCAAAUGAUCAUGUUUUUUGCGUAGAACGGAAAUGGUUGAGUUGCUGAUGCAACUGAAGAAUUGUUGGUCUUCACGAAGAUGGAGCUCUGUCAGACAAUGCAGCAAUCUUGCUAUGUUAAUGUCAAAGAUGCAGAAGGCAAUUGUAACAACGGGAAGUAGAUUUUUGUAAUACUGGCAUCGGCAUUCUUGAGCUUCAUGGAAAUGGCAGCGCCAAGCACACAAUUGCA